GCGACCGGAAGUUGAUUUUCUGGAAAAAAUAAAAGCGAUUCCAGUGUUUCACUGUUUUAAGAGAUCUAUUUAAAAAAAGUGUUUUCUAAAAUUAAUUAAUAAUCAUGCCCAAAGAACCCAGUCCGUUGGAAAAAGUAAUUAAAGAUGCAGAUCUUCUUAAAAAGCAGGUGACAAAGAUUGCGCAAGAAAGUUUGAAGAAUGCAGCCAACAAAAAGUUAAAAGAUAAAGAACUUAAAUUCAAGGCUAACUUCAGAAGCUGCUACGAACUUAAGCCCCAGGUGACAGAGCUGCUACAGAGAGCUCAAGCUUUGACAGAGGAAAAUGAAGACCAGAAACAAAGGAAGAAUUUUGAAACCAAGAAGAAGAAAGAGGUUGAUAGAGUCACAGCAUUCCAGACUCAGCUGGAAGAUGCCAUGAGUAAACUUUACCCAGAGGAGGCAGUAAGGAAAGAACAGGAAAAAGAGUUGAAAAAGGAACUGGGAGGUGACAAGGAUGAGGAAGAAGAGGAGGAAGAUGAUGAUGAUGAUGAUGAAGAGGAAGGAACAGGGGAAGUAAAAACAGACACCCUGAAUGAGACUGCAAAAACAGAGGGUGACGAGGAGGAGGAGGAUGAAGAAGAAGAAGAUGAUGAUGAAGAAGAGGAUGAUGACGAGGAGGAUGAAGAUGGGGCAGGGGAUACUCUGGAAACACCUAAAAAGGUUCAAACAAUAGAGAGCGCAAAGAAAGCUGUUGAUAAGAAAGCUGUUGAUAAGAAAGCGGUUGAGGAAGAAAGCGAGGAGGAGGAAGAAGUGGAGGAGGAAGAGGUGGAAGAGGAAGUAGAAGAAGAAGAAACAGAGGAAGAAGAAGAAGAUGAGGAGGAAACCAAACCAAUGAAAAUUGUAGAAAGCAAAACUGCAAAAGCUAAAAAGGCUGUAGAAGAGGAAGAUGAUGAUGAUGAUGAUGAGGAGGAGGAGGAGGAGGAGGAGGAAGAUGAUGAUGAAGAAGAAGAGGAAGAUGAUGAUGAGGAGGAGACAGAUGAGGAAGAAGGGGAAGAAGGACAGACAACUAUGGAGAUCACAACCACAGGUCGCCAGUUUGAGGCUCUGUACGAUUACAAGGGGGACCAGGAAGGAGACCUGAGUUUCAAGCAGGGAGAAAUACUCACCAUUCUACAGACACGUGAGGAUGGCUGGUGGCAGGCUGAGAAGGAGAAUGGAGAGAAAGGCAAUGUGCCUUCCACCUAUCUGCAGUUGCACAAUAAGUACAAGGAGGUGCAGGUGUCUGAUUCUGAGGAGGAAGCAGAGGAAGCAGAUGAAGAAGAGGAGGAGGCGGGGGAGGAAGAUGCUACGAAGAAAAAGAGGAAAAUUAAGAGGCAACACAGCGGCAAAGAUCUUUGGGAUAGCGUCAGAAAGGCUGUUCAUGAGAAAACUCUUUUUACAAAUAACAAUACAAGUGUCACAGAUGUUCUCCAUGCCCUGGGUGCUGUACCGUCAGGGUUUAGAGUCUCCACACUGGCCAAGAAAUUCAAUGAGGAGGAGAUCUACCAGAUGAGGAACUAUCUGGCCCCAAAACUCAGCAACUCGAACUUCUCCUACAAGGACUUGUUCUAUGAUCUCAAGGAAAAUAAGAUUCAGGCCAAACUAGUGCGAGAACAGCGCAUCAUAACAAUUGCCAGCUGUCGUCAGAUACCUGUUCCAGGCAGUGGUCUGGAGUUGCAUAGUAGACAUGUUAGAAUCUGCCUGUUUGAUGGACAGAAUAUUCUCAGCAACAUCCACACUGUGAAAGUGGCAUCAGUGGACAGGGAUCAACGGACCUGGUCCUUUACCAACAAGAUCAGUGACAUCAUGGACACAUACCAACAUGCUGAGGUGUUCAUGCGGACCAACAACAUCUCACAGAAACUGGGGGUACUAUUUGAGCUGUGUGCCUCAUAUGAGAGAACGAGCACGAAGGAGCGCGGUGAGUUCAGCUGUGGAUGGGCCCUACUGCCCCUGGAGGACCCUACCACCAGCCUGCCCAUACAGAACAAGACCUAUGACUUGAUGGUGAAUGGGGGCACACCGUAUGAGAAAGGGGUUGAAGUGGACCCUAGUAUAAGCAGGAGAACAAGCACUAAUUCGUUCAUGUCACUGAUUUCUGGGAAUAAGCAGCCUCGCCUUUUUGUGAAACUGAGCCUUCCAAAGCGAGAACAAAAGGAGCUUCUAGAUACUCUGCCUGACACACUGAUGGGAAACAUGGCGCUGUUACAGCAGUACAGCUACUACCGACAGAUACUAGCUGACACACUUCUCAGGGACAGGCUCGAUCUCCAGUCAGCCGAGGUAAUUCACAGUCCCUGCCUGGCCACAUUCCCAGUGGUUGCCGACCAGCAUGACCUGAUGAACCUGCUACGGGAAUCUUGGAUAGAUAAAGUGAAGAGUGUCAAGCGAUCUGAAAUGAGCCAUAGGUUCUCAAGUUUUUCAAGAAGGCGUGACACAGAGUACAUGAAGACCAUGUUCAAGACUGUUGUCAUGGAAACAGUGUACCCUCUCAUGCACUCUGCCUCCAUGGUCUCAUACAAGAGUGGUGACGUGAUUGUGGAACAGAAACGAUCUGUGGAGAUCGCAAAGUUCCGCCAGAAGAAGCUAUCCAAGCAAGGCAUCCUGGCCUUACUGCUGUCCUCUGAGAUGUCACACAAACCCCUCGACAUGAAGGAGCUCACCUUUAACAUCAUCGGACCCUACUGUCUGCCAAACAAAAAUCAGAUUGUUGAGGUAGAGAGCUGAAGAACAGUUACAACUAGACAUCGUCAUAGUCUUGUGUGUAGCAGCUGACUUCCUGUAAUGUUUAGUGUGUAUUAAGAGAUGUACAGAAGAGGGAGGAUUUCUCUCAGUUUUUUAUUAUAAGCAAAUGCAUCUAAAUAUUUAUUUUUAGUUCUUAUAGUUCCUUUGUUUAACUGGAUAAUUGCACAUUAGUGACCAUGUAAAAAUAUGUUGUGGUUGUUCUUUACAUUGUUUAAUCCCUUAAACUUGCAAACAGUGUAUUUGGUAACAGUCUCUGUGUAUAAAUCAAAGCGAAGCAAACUCCAUCUAUGCCACCUUUCUAAUGGCUAAAUAAGAUGUUUGUGAUGUUUCACUCUGCAAGGGUGAAUGUAGCUUACUGUAAAUUUAUACAUGUUUGUUAGGAUACAGUUUUUAACUCACAUUGGCAUAAAGUGAGCUAUUGUGAUCAGACCCAUGUCAGGGGUCUGUCCUAAUGUGGUGUGCAUCUUCAACUUUUAGCUCUCUAAUACUCUAGAGGCCACAUUCCAAUUUUUAUGAAACUAUGUCAGAAUGUUUGUGUAUAUUUUCUAGGUUGAGUUUAAAUCUGGGUCAUAUGCAUCCAAAAAUUAGGUCACCAGUCCAAAUCUUAGAGAAACAUUGUUACCACAGUAGGGACAACAUUUAUGAAUCUAUCUUGACGAAGUUCUAUCAGAAUGUCUAUCUUGCUUAGUUCAAAUCUGGAGCAUGAGCGUCAAAAAUCUAUAAGAACUUUCUAGGGGCCACAUUUUUUAGUCAGUCUUAAUGAAACUUGAAUGUUCAUCUAAGCAACAAACUAGGACAAGUUUAAAUCUGGGAUACAUGUAUUUAGAAACAAGGACACCUUGUAAGAAUGUUUAUCUUGACAAUAUGAAUGCCAUUUAAGAUGCCAUUUUGGUCAAUUAGGGUCAAAAAGUAGAUCGCGAAUUUAAGUCUUUAACAAUAAGUGUCUGUGAACUCAGGUGAGGGCUUGGUCGUAGUGUUUUCUGCACAAAAACUAACACAAUUGGCCAAAAAGUUUCACUUCAAGUUUAUUCAAACAUAUAUAUUCUGAGAUAUGUUCUAUUUGAGGACCAGAUGCAUUGGCAAUACAAUCACUGUCAAAUUAUCAAUAAACUUCAUAAUAUAUAUUUUGUGAAAUCAAUUCAUAAGUGUACAAUCUUAGUAUUUUUAAUGUGAACAGAUACUGCACUGCACACAUUCAAUUUAGUAAAAGUAAUCUUAGUUCAGUUCAUUUCUGUAUCAUAGACCAUGUUAUUUGUUUUAAGUGAUGAUGCUGAUUCCGUCCAUAUUUUAUUUACUUCAACAGAGUUUUAAGUGUACAUUUUAUAUGAAAAUGAGUCAUCUGUGAUAAUGGGGAUAAAUGCAUGUGGGUAAAGAUUCAUCGCAGAUCAGCCUCUGCAGGGACAACACUUUCCCCCUAGACUGGAUUGUUGCUUUUAGAGGAGACUUCCUUUAAACAAAAAAUAUUCCAUAAAAACGGAAAGUGCUGUCCCAGAUUAGCUUGUUUGGACUACACAUGAUAAUCAGGGUCACACUUGCAUUAAGCCUCAUUUUUCCCAGAGCGAGGCAUGAAUGUAUUUUAGAAUUGUUUUGUAUUUAUUUGUAUGUAUUGAUGUAGAAAAUAAAAAAUAUCAAAGCA